UCCAACUAUGAAGUAGGAGCAAAGGAGAAGAGCAGGCCAAGGGAGUGAGGGAAACGGAGGCUCUUCUAGUUAAACUGAGCUCGGAGGUCUCUCUAAUGGCGACUGCGACAACAUCCCUCCCUCUGUCUGCUGUUUGCUCCAGUCGCCCCUCCUCAAAUGUUAAACGAAAGAAACAGCGGCCCAUCGUCGGCAACUUCAGUCACUUAGGUCAGGUGAUUCGUACUGACAUGGAGUUCUUGAAGAAGGGUAUCAACAAGGGGAUCAGCUGGGCCAGUGAGUCGCCUCGCCUUCAACAAAUCUCCAAGACCUUCAACGAUCUUCUUUGGAUUCGCAGCCUCGAGGACCCCAAGGCUUCCCCCGCCCCGCGUCCGUCUUGGCCUCAACCUUCCUACCCAGGACUAUCAGGCAUGGAUUUAUUCAUGGCUGAUUUAAAAGCUUUGGAGGCUUAUUCUAGUUACGUUUACCAUCUGUCCAAGAUUUGGUCUAGACCACUUCCUGAAAUCUACAAUCCACAGGAAGUUGCUGAGUAUUUCAGUUGCAGACCUCAUUUGGUGGCCCUUCGUCUAAUUGAGGUCUUUUCCUCCUUUGCUUUUGCUGCAAUCAAACUGCGAACAUUGGGGAUUUUCAAGUUUGAUAGAUCAGGUGUGGACAAAGGUGGUGCUGGGAACAUUUCAGAAUACCAUUUUGGGUCAGUGCUGAAAGAAACAAUGCUGAAUCUGGGUCCAACUUUUGUGAAAGUUGGUCAGUCACUUUCUACGAGGCCAGAUAUACUCGGGUCGGAGUUUUCCAAGGCACUAUCUGAGUUGCAUGAUCAAAUCCCUCCUUUUCCCAGGAAUGUGGCCAUGCAGAUCAUUGAGGAAGAAUUAGGCUCGCCUAUAGAAACAUUCUUCAGCUGCAUCUCUGAGGAACCUGUUGCUGCUGCUUCAUUUGGUCAGGUGUACCGUGGGGUUAUGCUUGAUGGGUCAAAUGUUGCUGUAAAAGUUCAGCGUCCUAACUUGCUUCAUGUGGUUGUGCGUGAUAUCUAUAUUCUUCGGCUUGGGCUGGGUCUAUUGCAAAAGGUGGCAAAAAGAAAAAGUGAUCCCCGGCUCUAUGCUGAUGAGCUUGGAAGAGGCUUGGUUGGGGAGUUGGAUUACACUAUAGAGGCCACUAAUGCUUAUGAGUUCAUGGAAGCGCAUUCCUCCUUCCCAUGUAUUUUUGUUCCAAAAGUGUUUAGACAUUUAACACAAAAGAGAGUUUUGACCAUGGAGUGGGUGGUUGGUGAAAACCCAAAUGAUUUGGUUUUUGCAUCUACUGGAAACUCAAGGGAUCAUGGAUCCUGGUAUUCAGAGAGGCAGCAGCUUGAGGCUAAAAAACAUCUUCUUGAUCUGGUUGAAAAAGGAGUGGAAGCAACACUUAUUCAGCUCCUUGAAACAGGGUUAUUGCAUGCUGAUCCACAUCCUGGUAACUUGCGUUACAUGAGCGGGGGACAAAUUGGGUUUUUGGAUUUUGGUUUGCUUUGUCGGAUGGAAAAAAAGCAUCAGUAUGCCAUGCUCGCAUCCAUAGUUCAUAUAGUAAAUGGGGACUGGGCUGCCCUUGUCCAUGCUCUGACUGACAUGGAUAUUGUAAAACCAGGGACUAAUGUACGGCAUGUAACCAUGGAUUUGGAAGAUUCAUUAGGAGAGGUAGAACUUCGAGAUGGAAUUCCUGAUAUCAAGUUCAGUAGGGUUCUCUCGAAAAUCUGGUCUGUAGCACUCAAAUACCAUUUCCGCAUGCCACCAUACUACGUGCUGCUCUUACGUUCUCUGGCAUCCUUUGAAGGAUUGGCUUUAGCUGCUGACAAAGGUUUCAAGACAUUUGAAUCUGCGUAUCCUUACGUUGUACAAAAACUUUUGACCGAUAAUUCGGCUGCCAUGAGGGGAAUUUUACAUUCGGUAUCCUCUACUUAAAACCUUUGCUUAUGAU